AUGUUCAUAACCUUCCUCCACAAUUUUAAUAUUGACUGCAGUUGCACCGACUUGUUUUUAAUUAAAUUAAAAACCUGUUCUGAAUACUGUGGAAAAUACGUAUAGAUUUCAAGGUCUAAUUGUAAUUAUAAUACCGCAAAUCUUUUGCUACCUUGAAGCCGCAAUAAUACGCAGAAAAUGGCAGGAAUAAAUGGAAGAGCGCUGCAUUAUGUAUUCAAAGAUCCAAAUCGAAAACUGUCAACAUUUUUCUACAAAAAUGUGUUGGGAAUGAAGAUAUUAAGACACGAAGAAUUCUCAGAGGGGUGCGAGGCGGCCUGCAACGGCCCGUAUGCGAAUCGUUGGAGCAAAUCUAUGAUUGGGUAUGGUCCUGAGGAUAAACAUUUUGUUGUCGAAUUGACUUAUAACUACCCAAUUAAGUCGUACAAGAAGGGCAACGAUUUUAUUGGAAUCACUAUUAAGAGUAAAGAGGUACUUGAACGAGCGAAGGCUGCCAAUUGGCCGAUUCUGGCAGGAAACGUACUUGAAGCUCCCGGGGGAUAUAAAUUCUUUAUUAAAGAUGAGCCACAACCGUCCGACAGAGAUCCAAUUGAAAAGGUAACCAUAGCAUUACUUCUGUAA